AUGUCUCCGAAUCCAGACGUCAAUGUCGCCGUCGUGGACGAGCUCGAAAAAGCGUCUUGCCAGCAUGAUGCCCAGAAUGAGAAGGCUUCAUACGACUUCGAUGAUAUCCAUCAAGCAGCGUUGGCAGACAAUCCCGAAGGUGCCGAGAGGCCCAAUUUGACGACUAUUCUUUCGAUCGUGUUUAUCGGAAUGUCGACCGUCGCCCCAUUGGGUUGUGGCUUCAUUGUUGCCACAUCGAUCCUGCUCGGCAUUGGCACUGAUCUUGGGGAUACCACGAAUCUGGGCUGGGUUGUUUCUGGAUGGUCGAUUGCCUCCUCUGUGUCAUUCUCGCUGGCGGGUUCUUUAAGUGACAUUUUUGGCCGACGGAAUGUGCUUCUUGCUGGACAGUCAAUCUCACUGGUUGGAUCUAUUGUUGCUGCCACUGCCCACAGCCUUGGCGCCCUGAUCGGAGGGUCCACGGUGCUAGGAUUCUCCUGCGGGUUUGUUCUGGUAGCCUAUGCGGCCGUGCCAGAGCUCUGCCCAAAUAGGUGGCGUGCCGUCGGCAUAGCCAGCAUCGAAGGUUUCUUGACCAUUCCUUGGGUUGCCCUCGCAUUUCUGAUUGGAAAUCUGCUUUUCUUGCACGCGACCUGGCGAUGGGUGUAUUACAUCUGCAUCAUAUACUCGACGGUCUGUCUCACUGGCACUGCGGUCUUGUACUUUCCCCCAUCCCGGCCCGUUGUUGACGCGGGGAAAACACGAUGGCAACAAUUCCUCGAUCUCGAUUUCGUGGGAAUAUUUUUGUAUACAUGUGGCCUCACUUCAGCUCUGCUCGGCUUGUCUUGGGGCGGCAAUCCGGGACAUGCUUGGAAAUCUGCCUCGGUGGUCACUCCCAUCGCGCUAGGAGGAUCUCUUUUCAUUGCGUCCUUUGUUUAUGACUUUAGUGUUGUCCAGGGACCCGGCCACCAUGCACUAUUUCCACGGCAUCUACUGACUAAAACUCGAGAGUUCACCGUGUCUCUCGUCGCCAUCUUUGCCUCUGCCAUGGUCUACUACACCAUGUCUUCUUUCCUGCCUCAAGCGACGCAGUUCGUCUACACCCCCAAGCCUCUGGACAUCGGUGUGAUGCUUCUUCCCAACGGCUUGGGACAGUUUGUUGGAACGGCUCUCAUGCCCAUGUUUAUCUCCAAGACUGGACGUCCCAAACUGUACCUCAUCGGCGGCGUCUUUCUGCAGACUCUGUUCACGGGUCUUUACGCCUACGCCAUUGGCAAACACAAAGCUGCAUGGACGGCAUUUCAGUUCUUUGGAGCCGGCCCUUUUGGGUUGAUCGUUGUCACCACUGUGUUGAAUGCAGGACUUCAUGUUCGACCGUCAGAGCUUGGAAUCGCCGUUGGCGUGCUGGGGACCUUUCGAAGUAUGGGGGGCAGUGUGGGCAAUGCGGUGUUUGGCAGUAUUCUACGGUCCGUCUCCAAUGAGGAACUCCCGAAACGAAUCGUCGCAGCGGCUCUCAAGAAUGGCUAUAGUGGAGAUCUGUCUACUUUGAUCCCAGCUGCCAUUGAGGCUGGGUUGGAUGUUCCAUUCGCCUUCGACAAAGUGCAAGGCAUUACUCCCGCCAUUGAGACUGCCACUUUGCUCGCCUUCCAAGAGGCUUACGCGCAGGCGUAUCGCAUGGUGUUUUACAGCACAAUCCCUUUUGGCAUUGUCGCUCUGAUCGCGGCAUUCUUUGUCAAAGACUCGACAGAGUAUAUGACCAACCACACACACGUGCAUUUGACCAAGGAUAUGUUCAAACGCAGACGGGCAACUCCAUAG